UACAGAUUCUAGGAAGUAUUAAAUGCAAACUUUAAAGGAUUUUAUUUUCAUCUACAGUCACAUGAUGCCUUAAUACCCAAUGACACUAACUACAGUGUCUCAUUAAGAGGUCAUGCAAACUCCCAAGCUAAACAAGGCAUUCUUACAUAUUUAACAUUCAAAUGCAGAAGCCAAGCUAAGCCAUGGAAGAUUGUAAUCAGGAAAAGCUAUACUUCCUGAUCCACACAAAAGCUACAGGUUAUUUUGGAAUGUGAAAACUACUUGCUGUUUGGAUCCAUGACAAUCAUGUAGAUGMAAUUCACUUGCUUUAACAAUCUCCAGCACCAUGGACCAAGACAUUUAAAACAAAUCUUUCAAGCAGUCGAUGGAGUGCUAUCGGAAAGAUUAAAGAAAAUCCAGAUGGGGUGCAGGUGCUGCAAAAUGAUACAAAGCUAUAUUUUUGAACCAGAAGAAGCACAAUCAUCUGGAUGCAUCCAUGAAGUAAGCAGCUAUAAACGCAAUGAACAAGGCAGCAAUAAAUCCAAAUUCAAAGAGAACAGUGAAAAUGAAGAACACAAAAAUGAACUCCAGAACAAUGAGGUAAACAGAACAGAAAGUAWAAGUCCAGUAAACAGUACAAAAGAAACUCUCUGGAAUCACAGAAGCAGUGCUUCUCAAGAGGAUGGCCCUGUGAAGUGUGCUGCAAAGUUUGAUGUUGCAGUCAAUGGUGGCAACUCCUGUGCUGAGCACUCCAUGCUCAACCCCAACACAAACCCAGUGAAAGAAACAAGUGAAAAGGGAACCUCCAGCCACUCAGAGGCUUCUUCAGCCAGCAACAGAGACUUUUACACAAAAUCAAACGGGUCUGGACAAGAACUUGACCUAGAAACAGGCAGUCAGAGUAAGGCAGCCAGCAAUGUGCCUAACAGUAUUCAAGACUCCCAGUCUGCAGAACACAGCAUCUUUCUCAAAGGAAACUCAGUCUUGGAGACAGAAAACAAUGCCAUAGAACUGCCAGAUAUUGAUUAUCCCCAAAAUGGCAAUCAAACUGAGAACUAUGUUGAAAAACACAGCUUUUCAGUCAACUGUGCACAUUCAGACCAAAACACURGUUCUUCAGCAAUACAGGCCCAGGACCUUUGUGUAACCCCACCUUCGUCUGUGAAAGAGAGCAGUAUUGAACCUUUUAAAACUGACUCUGCAAGUUGGGGUGAGAGCCUUACCGGUGGUAUCACUGGAGUGGCAGUUGCCAAAAUUGCACCCACACACACCAACCAUAAAGAUGUGAAUGGAGAAAUGGAGGAGGAAGAUGCAGAAGUUGCAGCAGCUCUGGCUGCACUGGAAGCUGCAACAGCAGGAGAAGACCUGGAAGAUGAUGAUGAGUACUAGGUUUYUUUCUAAUACACUGGGUAAGAUCCAGAUGCUGUUUCUGGGUCUGUAUAAACAGAUGUACAGCACACAUGGAGAGCUGUUAUGAACAGCAUAUAUAAAAAGGAGUUCAGACUAAACCUCUGUUCCUUCAGCUGAUUUAUACAGCCUUKUAAUUUCUACUGCCUAAGGUACUGAAAUGCUCCCUUGGCUAAUGGUAAUACUCUUCUCUAUGGGCCCAAACACGAGGGCAAAGAUUUGUUUCUUCCACACAGAAUAUUCAGUUGUACACCCACCUCAUCUGGACUCAUGCAAAUGUUUCCUUUGGGUAUGACCCAUAUGAGGGUCUGUGCACACUGCAUGUUCCAGGUUCACAAAACUUGUAUUAUUUAAAGCAGAAUUAUUGAAGUCAUGCAGUUAGAAACCACAGAUUUUCAUCAUUAGCAGAAAAAAAAUACAUAAAUGAGCCAAAGUUCUAUGAUCUACUGAAACAUGAAAUAGGGAAGGCAGCUUGGAUUGAACUUUACCAUGGUUAUGGUUCCAUUAUGGAUUAAGCCUAAAUCURUGCACAUGCAUGUGACAUUAGGAUSAAAACAU